AUGGAAAUUUGUCCAAGUUGUUAUUUUGCUCUACUUUGUUCAGAAUCUUGUAAAAAUCGACAUAACAAAGAAUAUAAUUGUAAAAUACAAAUGAGCCAGGAUCAUAUAAUCAAAUUUCAAAAUAAAUUAUAUAACAGCAAAAUUGAUAAUAAUUCAAAUUUACCAUCUACACAUCACAAUUCUACUGAAAAAUCUAGAGCGAAUAGCGAACAAUUGGAAAUUCAUGAAUACAUUUCUUCGUCUUUAGUAUCAUCAAAGUUUUCAAAAACGUUAACGUCGAGAAUGCAUUCACGAUCAUCAGUUUAUUCAAAAAUAUCGGACUCUUCGUCUUUAGACGAUUCAAGUAAUUACUCGCAGUCUAAGCACUCUAAGCAGUCACAGAACAAAGAUAUAAGCAUAACACACUCAACAAAAUCCAAAUUUAAAGAUGAAUCAAACUAUUCUAGAAACAAUAAAAUAUACAAUUCAGUAUCUUCACAAAUCAACAAUAGAAGUGCCGGAAAACGUAGUAAUGGUUUAGAUUACGAAAGAAAGAAUUAUGUUCACUCGGAUAUCGGAGUUUCUCUUGAGGAUACACGUAACUACUCUAAGCAGUCACAAAAUAAAGUUUUAUACACAACCCACUCAAUAAAAUACGAAAACAACAAUUUUAAAGACGGSGUCAAAGGUCAAAGCAACGGUCUAGAUUACGACAAGAAGAAUCAUAUUCACUCGGAUAGUGUAGCGAAAUCGAAAAAUAAAAAUAAACAAAAUGUCUGGAAAUUGAGACAAAAAAGAAUAAAAAAUCGAGAUAAAAUACUUCUUUUUAACAAUCAAGUAAAUGUACUAGCUAUGCCUACCAUGAAAUACAGAAUGAUUAGAUCACCGGAUUGUUGGAUACCAAUAUUUAUGUUCAUCAACCGUGGCUCAUAUGAAGACGUAACUAUAUUUAAAAAUGUAUCAAGCCCUGGAAUGCCAUAUAUUUUCAUGAUGGAAAAAAAUGGACAAGUUUAUUAUAAGAUCAAUGAUAAUCAAUAUGACAUGUUGUAUAACUACAGUUUGAUAUAA